AUAUAUGUAUACAAUAUUUGUCCCAAUCUCUCUUGCACUUAUACAGCUUUUAACGCAUGUAAAUUCCUAACUUUGCCAAUGCUGCGUAAUCUGGUGAUCUGACGAAAUUUUGUCAUUAGAAAAAGUUGUUGUGCUAGUCUAGCACAAUCCGGCAUAAUCAAAGAAAAUUCGAAAAUCUCAAAUUUUUUAAUCAUCCCACCCUUUUUUGUUAAUUUUUAUUAACAGUUAAGCUAAUAUCAACUUUUAACGCAUGUAUCUCGCAGAUUGUAAGUAGUAUAAUUCAGCAUAACUUGCAGAAUUCGAUUAUCUGUCACCGUUCGUAAGUUAUACGAAUAGUGAAUUUUGUAUUCCUAAAAAUUCAACAUUUUUUAUCUUCAAAAUGAAUAUGUAGAGAUAUUGAGUUUCUAUCGACGGCACAAUGUAGCACAAGUUAUCAAAAAUUAUUUUAAAAAAAAAAGUUUGUUUCGGCAAAAGUGCGGGGCUAGUAUAAUUUUGUUUUUAUUUAUUUUCCUAAUUGUUAUUAUCGAUCUCUCGUUUGCGGCACAAUUCAGCACAAACAUAGCAGAAUACGGCACAAAAAAGAAAAACUCAAAAUUUGUAAAGUGCGGGGCUAUCAAAAAUUUUGUUUUUUUUUUAAUUUUCUUGAGUACGCUUUGACUUACAGAGUUACGGUUUACGGCACAAUACGGCAUAAACGUAGCACAAUGCAGCACAAUUUCAAAAAAUACAAAAUUCGAAAAGUGCGGGGCUAACUUCAUACACGUACUGUGAAAACGUAACCAAAUUAUAUUUUGUAUUGAUAAGCACACACAUUGUAAUACAGUAAUCUGAAUGUAAUUGAGUCAUAAAUUGUAAAGCUGUGUAAAAUAAAAUUGUAUAAAAUUUAUCUGUAAAGAGAUAAUAACAGAAAUAUAUGUUAGAAAUGUAAUGUGAUGUUCAAAGAUACAUAAAAGUUAAUCAAACUACACAGUGAAAAAUAUCGGCAAUUAAACGUUUCAUUACAGAAGUUGAAUUAUUAAUGUAUAUUUUUAACAUUUAUCAAAAAUUUGUUGUAAUUUAAACAUGUCAGACGAAGUGAAAGCAGCUUAUAAAGAAGCUCGUGAGGCAUAUAAGCAAAAGAAGUUUGCGGAUGUAAUAAAGAAAUGUAAAAAGAUAUUAAAGAAAGAUAAAAAUCAUUAUGGAACUCUUGUUCUGUUGGCUGUUGCGAUGAAUGAAAUUGAAGAACACAAGUCACAAAUACCAUUGAUUCUUCAAAAAGCUAUACAGAUACAAGCAGAUAAUCCAUUAGCUUGGCAAGGCUUAGUAAUUUAUUAUGAAACAAAUUUACACAACGAUGAAUCUUAUAAUAAGCUUAUAUUAGCUUAUUGCAAACUUUUGAAGUUAGAUAGUGGUUCUAAAUUUUCAACUACUUUAAACAAACUCUUAGAUAUUUCUUUACAAGUUAAAGAUAGUGAUGUAUUAGUUGAGUGUAUUGAAAGUUUAUUUAAAUUACAAAAGGAAUUAGAUGAUGAUAAAAUUAUGUUGAUUAAUAAAACACUAGCAUGGAUAUUAAUAAAUAAUUAUAAUGGUUUGAUGACACCAGAAUAUCAAGGUGCAUUCGAGAGUAUUUUUGUAUCUGUAAUCAACGAUGAUAGUGUGUCUGAUCGGCAGGAUUAUUAUAGAAAAUAUUUAAAAAUUUUAUAUAACAGAAGUGAAUUAAUGGUUUUAAUUAAACAAGCUAUAAAUGUACAUCAGAAAUUUCCACAAGAUAUCUUGCCAUUGGAAUACAUAUGCCAAGUCUAUUAUGAACAAAAUAUUUUGUAUGAAAAUGAUAUUGACAUUGAUAUAACACAAUUCUAUGAAUCUUUGUUAAAAUUAAAUGUAAAUUCUGAAAGUGCAGCUGUUGCUAAAGCAGUAUACUUAAAGGAGCAUGACAAUUUGGUAGGAGCACGAGAAAUAUUAACAGAUGUACUUGUGUUAAAACCAAAUUCAGUAUACGGGUGGGUAACAUUGAGCGAAAUAAAUGCAAAACUUUAUUGUUGGGAAGAUGCAGAAAGUGCUGCGAGACAAGCACUGAAAAUCAAAGAGUGCAAACAGAAUGAUGAAUUGUUGCAUAAAAUAGAACUAAUAUUAGCUGAAUCCAUGAGUAGAAGUAAUAGCAAACAAAAAUGGGAAAGUACUUUGCAAAUAUACGAAAAGAAUUUAAAGAAAUACGCAUCAGCGAAAUUGGAAUUGGUUUGUGCGCGCGUCGCUAUACUACUGGACGACCCUGAUGUGCACAUUAAACUAAAUAAUUUGGAAUCAAAAUUCGAAACUAAAGUUCAGGCUAAUAUCCUUCGAGCAUUUUAUUUGAAACGACAUAAACAAUUUGAGGAAGCUGUAAAUAGUCUUGAUUCAGCUUUGGAAACGUCUGAAGCAUGGUUGCUUCUUGGUACAAUAUACUGGGAAAUGGCAGAGUACAACUAUAGUCUGAUGGCCUUUUUAAAUGGAAUAAAGACGGAUCGUUACAAUUGGGAGUGUUUGGUUUACUUGGGUCACUAUUACCGCGAACAUGGUAAUGAUAUUGAGCGUUCCAGAAGAUGUUAUCAAACUGCAUUACAAAUCAAUCCAAAUUCUGAAGAAGCUGGUAUUGGUUUAAGUACUGCAUACAGACUUCUUAAAAAUCAGGAUGCUAAUAUUCAACUGUUACAAAAGUUAACUGUACGAGAUAGCGGUCCCAAAUGGGCAUGGUUGCAACUUGGAUUGCAGUAUCUCGAUCAAGGAGAUGCAGCACAAGCUAUUAAAGCAUUUCAACAUGUUAUUAGAGCUGAUCCUUAUGACAAUCACUGUUGGGAAUCUUUAGCCGAUGCAUAUUUCGUACGGGGUGCAUACACGUCAGCAUUAAAAUCGUACCAACGGGCAUUAGAAUUAUGCCCGAAAUCAUUGUAUCCCAUAAUACAACUGGCAAACAUAAAAUUAAUUAUUAAACAAUACAAUGAAGCCAAAAUAGAUUUUGAAAAUCUACUGUUGAACGAACCAAAUUAUAUCCCUGCUUUAAAAGGAUUGGGUGAAACCUGUUUAGCACUAGCAAAGGAAUAUAUUGCUAAACAGUUAUUGGGUCGUGCUAAGAACCAGCUACAACUGGCAAUGGAUUGUUUAACUACGGCUAUUAAAGAACGUAAAAAUACAUCCUGCAUCUGGAAAUUACUAGGCGAUGUGUGUUAUAGAGUUGCAACAAUGCCAGAAAAAUAUGGUCAUUUACAAGUAUCCUCUAUUUUAAUAAAACGUGACGAUACUGAAGAUAUUGUAUUGCUUAAACGAAGAGACUUAUUUCUUUUGUCAUCAAGAUGUUACUGUUGUGCAUUAUCACUGUCUCCACAUUCAUCUCUGCUAUGGUACGAUUUAGCUUUAUGUUAUUUAAUGCAGCUACAGCUUGACCCAUCAGUUGAUCAUACAAAAUUAGCUGGUAAAUGUCUUGCUGCUGCAAAGCAUGCUGUUAAACUGUGUCCUUCAAUGUGGUUACACUGGAAUCUUUUGGGUGUAAUCUGUAUGUCGUCAUAUAUAAAAAAUUAUGCAUUAGCUCAGCAUGCUUUCAUCAUGGCAAUUGAUAAAGGAUUAAACAGUGCUAUAGUUUGCUGUAAUUUGGGAACUUUGUAUCUACAUAUAGGAAACUUAUAUAAGGGAAAUGAAGCUUACUCUCAAGCUCAGCGUUUAGAUCCCGCAUAUAUAAAUAGCUGGGUAGGGCAGGCUAUAAUUGCUGAAAAGUUGUCCAGAAAAGAAGCAAUAGAUUUAUUUAGACAUUGCACACAACUAGGAUAUCACGAUCAAGCUGCAGUGGGAUAUACUCAUUCGGUACUUACUAUGAUCUUAAAUCCUGACAUUGAAAAGAAUCAUUUUCACACAUAUAUAAUAGAAAAAAUGCACGCCGUGUUUGUAGCUACUGAUGUUGUGACUUGGUAUGUUGAGCGCCAUCCUAAUGAUUGUUAUGCUCGAAACGCAUACGGAUUGUUACUUGAGAGGCAGAAACUUUAUAAAUCAGCAGCAGAACAAUUUGCUGCAGCUGUAUGCAUCAGUACUAACGAAGAAAAAGAUUCUGUGUGUAUAAAUCUAGCCCGUGUUUUACUGCAACUCGCUAAGUAUGACGAAGCUGUAAAGUUUUGUCAAGCUGUCAAAGAAACCACUUACAAUUCUCAAUGUUAUUUAGCAUUAUCUUUGUUUAAAGCCGCAAAAUAUGAAGAAUCAUAUAAUACCUAUGAAACAACAUUGAACUUGUAUGCUAAUACUGAUACACAGAAAGCUUAUACAUUAUGCGCAAUGGCAGCAAUAGCAUAUACGUUUCAGAGAGUACAAGAUGCAAAAAUUUUACUGUUUCAAUGUAUACAGAUACAACCACCAAUUAUAAUGGGUCUCUUAGCAGCUGCAGCGUUGGGCAUAUUGCAUGGAGAUGUAAACUUGACUACGUUGGUAUUGAAUGAAUUAAAGAUCUAUAAAAAUCACUCUGUACAUGGACAUCAUGUUACAAAUUUGUUAGCAUAUUUCUAUAUAAUUGGAAAUAAUAUUAAAAAUGCUAUUGCUACUCUUUCUAAAGCAAUUUUUACUUAUCCUGGUGAUGUAAGGUAUUGGAAGGAAUUGCUAAGAAUUUUAUUGGAAACAGAUUUAGAAUCUUUUAGUAGAUGUGCACAGAAAACACUGUUUCUUAGUAGAAAUACUGCUACUGAAAAUGUUACACAUAUUGCAUGUGCAUCAUUUUAUAGUUACUGUAUACAAAAUUCGCUAACAAACAGUAAGAGGUUGUUGCAGAAACUUCUAUUCACUUAUCCUAGUGAUAUUGAAAGCUGGGCUACAUUUAUAGCUGCUUGUUUGUCAAGGUCACCAAAUAUGAAUUUGGGCAUCGAUGCUCAACGGAUUGACGCAUUGAUAUCGGUAACUAUACAAAAUUAUCAACCUAAAGACCUAAUGGCUAAAUGGUUGUAUGAAAGUAAAGAGAAGGUAAAACAAAUCGUUCAAAUAAAGGAAACUUCUUAAUUUAUACAUGCUACAAAAAAAAGAAAACAUUGUUUAGUACAAAUAGGUUUUUAAUCUUGUUCAUAUUUCAUUGUACCAUACUAUACACCUUGUCAAUAUACAUAUAUAUGUAAGGGAAUUUUAAUUAGAAUUUCUAGAAAAGUAAGAAAGUGAAUAAGGAAUUAUGGAAACAUAUUUUAUUGUAAUUUGUAUAUUCAAAUAUAAAAUCAAAUAUUUGAAAAAAAGUAGCAUAAACCACUGACGUCAGCCAACCAUGACGGUCGCAAGAUUGAUAUUGCGCAAAAAGUUUAUUUGUAAUAACAACAGAGUAAGUUCAUAUUAAAUAAUUCAAAAUCAAUUUUUUUAUGAUAUUGAAUAAAACAUUCGAAACUGGCCUGGAUUUCUUUCAUAGCUUGUACAGACAGUUUUAUUUUGUUUACCUUUUUAUGUUUUCCUUUUAACUGACAAGGAAACAUAUUGAAAUGUCUGUCUCCGAUUUUGAUGAAACUUGGUGAAUAUAUAAAGCACGUGAAGAUAAGGGACACGUAUUUUUUAUAGCGGCCCAAUCGCAAGUUUAGGGGCUGAAAUCACCCCUUGAAGUUUCAGCAGAAAAAUGGUAUCUCGGAAACUAUCACAGAUAUAAGAAAACUUUUUAAGGGGGGCAAUACAAUUAGAACUUUCAAAAAAUGCAAAUUUUUUUUUUGCAUAAAUUGUUAGUUCAAUAUGUCAAGAAUAUCAUCCCAAAAUUUGAUAAAGAAAUUCGAAGUAUUUUUGAAGCUAUAGUCUCCGAGCGUGACACGCCUCUUGAGCAUUGCUGAGGCCAAGCAAAACUUUAAACGCGUUUUUCUCGAAACAUGAUUUUUUAAAUUGGCGGGAACUGUAACUCAAAAAUUAUUUAACCGAUCUUUCUGAAAUUUUUAUCACAGCUUCAUAACACUAUUACCUUGUCGCUAAACCUAAUUGUUUUUGUAAAAAGUACUUUGUUAUUGCAAAAAAUAUAAAAAAAGUACACAAGAAAA